CACAGUACGUACACACACCGCACUGCAUAUGCCUGCCUUUUAGUAUAAGCACUCGAUCGCUAGCUCCUCGCCUCCAUCCUCCGUACGUCAACUAACCAACCCCCGGCGGCCCAUUUCAUCAUUCCCUUCAAUUCCUCCUCCUGCUCCUCCGAUAGAACCAUCAUAAUAGGAGGCACCUGCCGAGACACACAGAGAUCAUAGACGACAUAUACGCUUCUGGUAGCUAGCGCGCCGAGCUCGCCAACGUACCCCGCUCCUCCACCCGCGGCCGCCAUGAGAAAUUCCACCAUCUUUCUCAUGGCGCUCGCCCUUGCCCUCAUCCCCCUUGAGCAAACGGUGGUGGCGACGCCGCCGCCUGAUCUUCCCCUCAGGAGAAGUCGCUUCCUUGCCAACGUCAACUUGUACGACUGCAGCGGCAAGAAGUCGCAAUCCAUCUGCCUCUCGCCGGGGAGCCCCGGCGCGACGUGCUGCCAGGGCACAUGCGUCGACACUGAGUACAGCUUCAAGCAUUGCGGCAACUGCAACAAGACGUGCAAGUACACGCAGACCUGCUGCCAGGGCAAGUGCGUCAACACCUUCACCGACGAGAAGAACUGCGGCGGGUGCGGUGUCAAGUGCAGAACCAGCAAGUGCACCAACGGCUACUGCGACUACGCGGCGUGAUGCGUGAAAGAGAGACAGGACACGCAGUUUCUGCAUCAUCCAACGACAGAAAUAAAUAUGGCAGUACGUUUAAAUUCCCAUUUGUACGUUGUUCCAAAAAAAAACCAUUUCGAUUAUAUAUAUUAAUUGUUGAGCUCCUGCUAUAUUAAUUAUUAUAGUAUAUAUAUAAGCUGGCCGCGCGCGCAUGUAUACAAAUAUAUACAUAUUAUUAUUACAGAAGAAAAAAGGGUUGGGGCAAAAUUAUCCAAACUUAUCUAGCACUCCUUGUGCUCGAUCGGGUCCUGAUUAUUGUUGUUGUUACAAGUGGUCAUAAUUGACGGUAUAUGAAUAAAAUUGAUUAUAUGUGUUGUGAUGUGUUUAA